CAUCAAAAGUGUGUCUCGCUAAAAUUGUGUCAUUCCUAGCUGGAAGACUGCACGUGGAAAAACAAGAAGCGAUUCACUGUAAAUUUCAAAGAUGGUUCGAGCAUGGCACAUGAACGAUGUGACUGAAGACCAGAGGAAACCCCAUAUGACGGAUCCCCCACAAUUCGUCACGUUGGAUCAACUGAAGGAUCUGGGAGUUUUGUAUUUUGAGAUCAGCUCAGACCCUGCUAAGGCCGAGGAACAGGUGAAUAAAUUACGUAAGGACCGAGGGUACACAUACCAGGACGAGAUCACGUGUAGCAGGGACAAACUGCCUAACUACGAGGAGAAGUUGAAGAUUUUCUUUGAGGAGCACUUGCACGCAGACGAAGAGAUUCGCUACAUUACAGAGGGCAGUGGUUACUUCGAUGUCCGCGACAAAAAUGACAAAUGGAUCCGGAUUGAAGUGCUUCCAAAUGACCUGAUCAUUCUUCCGGCGGGCAUUUACCAUAGGUUUACUCUUGAUGAAAAGAACUACAUAAAAGCUCAUCGUUACUUUGUCGGGGAACCUGUAUGGACCCCACACAACAGACCAGCGGACGACAUGGAUGUUCGAAAAGAAUACGUUAAAAACCACAUGACGUCAGGAUAAACUGAUACCGCCAUAAAAGCGUCUGAUUCCAGUUUAUUCUAAAUGGACUGUCCUGCUGUAAAUAAUAUGUUAUAUUAGAACUAUUUCCAUGAACGAACUCCUUCAAUAUUACUUUUGUUUAUAAGAGUGCAUACAAUGUACGUUUAUGACAAUAGCACAAUAAUCCCGAUUCAUGUUUAAUAUUUUGACAUCAGUUAGGAAUUUAAAAUUCCUUGGUACAAUAAAAAUCAUAUGUAGUUAUAUAUAACCUUAAGCAUAUAUCUGUAAUUGUGGAAAUAUUUGUUAUAGAUUUUGUUUGAAGAGGAGGGGACCUUUUCGAGAAGAUUUGGAAAAUUUUAUAAUUUCUUAAGUUAUAAAAUUAUUUCUGCAUUUCUAUACAAUUAACCUCCAUAAAAUUUUUAAAACUUGGAGAUAUUAUUUCCCUCAAAUAUAUCCACAUUUACAUAAACAGUCCUAAAAUACAUAAUGCUACCAACAUAACUAACAACUAUCAUUGAAUUUUUCGGGUUUUAAUAAAGUUGAUCUUAUUUGU